ACCUCGAAUCACCCAAUCACAAUGUACGAUGGUCAGACGCUCGGUUCAGCCAUGUUGUGGUUUUGAAUGAGGAAGAAGCGGGAGAUGUUAUUCUUCAACGAGUUUAUUUACAAUUUGUUGUCACGUUAAGGAUAUAUAAAUGAGUUAGGGUGUAACCCAACAUGAUUUUCGUUUUCCUGAACGCGUCGGUUGCGACUUAUCGCAUUCCCGUUGUAAUUUAAACAUACUUUCAUAAAUUAGCCGUGUAGCUAACAACGUUAGCUAGCAGGAUAGUUAGCCUAGUUUGCUAGUUAGGUAGGUAGCUAAUUGUAAGCUAAAUAUCAGGCGGUUUUGCGAGUGUUCGUGUGGUAAUAAAAUGCCAUUUGUUAGGAGUGUUGGUGUUUGAAGCAGUCUCGGCUAACUUUCCCCGGUCGAAAAAAAGCACAUUAGCUUAAUUGGGUUUGACUACACAGACACUAAGGCUGACUCAAAUCAGUGACAGCGAUUUGUCUUGAAACUAGCGCCGUUAUUUCCAAAACUUUUGAGCCAUGUUGAAUAAAAUCUGCGAGUGGAUAGAAACGAGCGUUGCCAGUCUUCGCAAUGGUGUACCAGCUGCCGAACACCCACAUGCUCAACGCACACCAAGAGAUGGUCAGAUGAGGAGGAAAAGACCCUUUGAAUGUUUGGAAGAUGGCCAUAACAUCGACCAAGAUGGCUUGGUGAUAAAGAAAUCACGAAUGGGGGAUCUUAUCGACACAGUCAAGAAUGCAGCUGAAGGGGUUAAGAAUCACAGCUCCAAUGUGGCUGCAUGGAUGAAGAACAAUGUAAGUCCUGCCUUGAGGAAUAUGCUGCCUACCUCCCCUGGUUUGCCACCUGGAGAACCUCAUCCACGCCCCUCAACAUCAUCAGCAAUUUGGACAGGGAGGCCGAUCCUUGACAGGAAUUCUCAGAAUGAGACAUUUGCUGCUCCCUCAACAACUUUGCAGUGGAAAACAUCAAAAUCUGAUUGGUUGCGUAAUGAGAAGUCAAAUACAGGAUCAAAAGUUUGUAGGCGACAAGCGUGCAUGAGUCCUGUGCAUCGUGAGGUGCCAAAAACAAACGGGCAUUCGGUUAAUUUGCCACCCUCCAUCACCCCUAAAUGGCAGCCUUCUCCAAGGCUAGGCAGGCCUUUAAGUCUCAGAACGCAUGGAACUCAAAGUUCGUUUAGUGGAGUAGGUGCAACAAGCAGCUCUUGCACCAGCAUGUAUGAGAAGACCUUUCCCAUCAAAGUGGUGCAGAGCCCAACACACAGUACCUCAUCAGGCCGCUUACCCAAGACCAGGCCCCGCUGCACAGCACAGGAGUCUGUUCGAGAGGAGGAGAAGGAGGUCUACAGGCAGCUUCUGACUAUGGUCUCUGGUGGUCAGUCGUCUUAUCUUCACAACGGCAGCUCACACACUAUUGUGAGGUCUCACAGAGAUUUCACCAGCUUCCUGACCACCAGCCGCAGACUGCUACAGUUCUCUUCUCCAACUGGGUCAGCAGCAGGAGAAACGUCAGAGGGGCCCAGCAGUCCCACCAGCCCCAGGGGAGUCUCUAGCCAGUGCUCCAGCAACCUUCCCAGUCCACUGGGGGCCCCUAGCAAGACAUGGUUCCUGGACAGGGACCUCAGUUCCAGCAGAGGAGCUACUCUCAUAUCAACUCCUUCUCCAUCAGCUCUGCAGGAUAACUCUUCUCAGGACACACAGUCAUCAGCUCAUGAUGGCGACUCUGUAAUUAUUGUAGAUGAGCAAAAAAGUAAAAAACAAGACAGCUCAAGUAUGCCAUGUUUCCAAGCUGAGUUAUGGAUCAAAGAAUUGACAAGUAUGUAUGACUCCCGGGCGAGGGAAAGACGGAGACAGAUAGAAGAGCAAGAAGCUCUGGCUGCUCAGCUGAUGCAGCAGCGCCUGUCUAACGAGGAGCAGCGUAGCCCAGAUGUCGAGGUCUGUGUUCGAGUUCCUUUGGAGAAAGAGCUUCCUUUGAGUCCCAUCAUAAAAGAAGAGGCGUCUUUGGAAGAGAAACCAGAAUUCCCUGAACUUACAGAGGAAAUGGAGGCUGAAGUGAACAGGGUGCUGAGAGGGGGCAAUCCUCAUGAAGUGUUAAGUGAAGGUUUUGGUCUCAGCCUUACACGUAAAGACUUGCAAACCCUGAGCAACCUCAACUGGCUCAAUGAUGAGGUGAUCAACUUCUACAUGAACCUGCUGGUUGAGCGCAGCAAGGAUUCCAACAUGCCAACGGUCAAUACGUUCAGCACUUUUUUCUAUCCCAAGCUGCGCAGCAGUGGCUAUUCUGCUGUCCGCCGCUGGACCAAAAAGAUGGACAUCUUUUCUAAAGACAUCUUGUUGGUUCCUGUCCACUUGGGGGUGCACUGGUGCCUUUCUGUGGUGGAUUUCCGCAAGAAGUCCAUCAUGUACUUUGAUUCUAUGGGAGGAAACAACGAUAAAGCAUGUGAAAUAUUGUUUGAAUACCUGCAACAGGAAAGUAAGGACAAAAAAGGCAAAGAACUGGAUACCUCAGGCUGGAUUCUGCACAGCAAAACACGCAAUGAGAUCCCUCAGCAAAUGAAUGGUAGCGACUGUGGAAUGUUCACAUGCAAAUAUGCAGAUUACAUUACCAAAGACAAACCAAUCACUUUCACACAGAAACAUAUGCCAUAUUUCAGAAAAAGGAUGGUUUGGGAGAUUGUAAACCACAAGCUGUUGUGAUGUGAGGAUGACAAUUGUGAAGUUGUACAGUUGCCUCACACAUGAUGAUGGUUGAGUUUUGCUCCCCGGGAAAAGACUCACAGAUGGGAGACUUGAAUUCUGGGAACAACUUUCACACCAGCUCAUCUGAUCAGGAACCAGCUCAGCGAUUUCCAUCCUUUUCAAUAAGUCCUCAGCUAAAAGUAGCUGAAAGGAUGUUGCUGGAGCAACAAAUCACUGCCUCCAACUUCUACAGUUUUUUUUGUGUGUGUCAGACAGCAGCUCAAACGCUUUGAUUUGUAUGGUCUAGUCAGAACUGUUUUUGAAAUUACACUUGUGCAAAUCAUACUCUGAGGUGGAAUGUUCAUUACAUGUUUUUGUGCCACAAUCUGUUGUCAUUGAUCACUCAUUGAUUAACAUGUACUGUGUUAUCAGUGAUUUGAUUUGUCAGUAAAAGUGAAAAAACUGUUUUAAAA